AUGGGUAUCGAAGAUUACUUUAAGAAAGCGAAUAAAAAGGCGAGCACUACAGCACCAGCCGCUCCCGAACCUGCAAAGAAAGAAACUGCUCGUAAGCCGGCAGCUGCGAAAAAGACUGAAGUUGAGCCUACCAGCUCUUCCAGCGAGACGACAAAGAAAACAACUCGACGCAAGAAGAAAGUGGAAGACGACGACAAGGACUUUGUUGAAGAAGCCGAACCACCCAAGAAAACAGCCAAAAAGGAGCCCGAGACGGCAACAGAGGAUCCUGCACCUGCACCUGCACCCAAGAAGAAGAACUUUUACCAGCAAAUGAAUCGAGAGGGACCAAGAGCACUCAACACGCGUCCUUUGCCUGUGGGCAAGCCCAACUGCUUCCAAGGAGUGACGUUUGUCAUCAGUGGUAUUCUUGAGACAAUGACAAAGGAAACGGUGGAGGAUUUAAUCAAGCGUUAUGGAGGACGUACCACUGGCUCUGUGAGUGGCAAGACGACUUAUUUGCUCAGAGGUCGUGAUUCUGGCGAGAAAAAGACGAGGGACGCCAACAAGCAUGGAACCAAGAUUCUUGAUGAGGAUGACUUUUACAAGCUUUUCGAGACCGAAGGUGCAAAAGAAGUUCCCACACCUGUCAUGGAGAUGCCCAAACCAACAAAGGGAAAAGGAAAGGCUGCUGCUGCUUCAUCGGCAAAAGCACCUGCCACAAAUGGACAAUCUGACAACAUGCUCUGGACUGAAAAGUAUCGACCUACCACCAUCAAGGAGAUUGUUGGCAACAAGGAAUUGGUGCGUAAAAUCUCUGCAUGGCUUGAAAUGUGGGAUGAAUAUCGCCAAAAGAACUUUAAAGCACCAGCUGAUCUCGACGGAGGUAUCCAUCAACACCGCGCCUUGCUCUUAAGUGGACCACCUGGUAUUGGCAAGACGACCACUGCACUUGUUGUUGCGCGAACGCAUGGAUACGAGCCUUUGGAGUUCAAUGCAAGUGACACACGUAACAAGAAACGACUUCAGGAAUUACUAUCGCCCAUGGUCAACAAUCGAUCCAUGACUGAAUUUUACCAUGACACAGCCAACAAAGCAUCAAAGGAGAAGGAAGAAAAGAUAUCAUCAGGCAAAGUGUUGCUCAUUAUGGAUGAAGUUGAUGGCAUGUCGGGUGGUGAUCGUGGUGGUUCUGCUGAGCUUGCUGCAUUGAUCAGGAAAACAAAGGUCCCUGUGAUUUGCAUUUGUAAUGAUCCGCGAUCUGACAAGGUCAAGCCGCUGUUGAACGUCUGCUUUGAAGCCAAAUACAAACGUACACCAGCAGCACAAUUACGCUCACGGCUUAUGACAAUUGCCUACAGAGAGGAGCUCAAAGUGGAACCCAACGCUAUUGAUCAACUUGUUGAAAGCUCACACAACGACCUGCGUCAAAUCAUCAACAUGCUUUCUACGUACAAGCUAUCUCAAAAUCAGCUGAGCUAUGACCAAGCGAAGGAAUUGGGCAAGAGCAAUGAGAAAUACGUUAUCCGAAACGUCUUUGAUAUCGCCAUGGACUUAUUGACUGCUGGCCGUUGGCACUCGUUGACUUUGCCCCAAAAGACCGAUUUGUAUUUCCACGACUAUUCACUUUCACACUUGAUGAUGUUUGAAAACUAUUUGCGGGUCAACCCUGAAAAGGCACGUCUCCUAUCCAAGUCUGGUAACCCCAAGGAGGAACAAGUGAAUGCAAUGCGGAUGGCUGCUAAGGCAGCUGAUGCCAUGGCAGAAGGCGAUUUGGUUGACAGCAAGAUUCAUGGAACGGUUCAACAAUACUCCCUUAUGCCAGUACAUUCGGUCAUGUCAUGUGUGGUUCCUGCAUAUUACAUGGAAGGCUCAGUGAAUCAAAGGCUCUUCUUCCCUGGAUGGCUGGGUCAAAACUCGAAGGCGACCAAGUUCAAGCGGUUAUUGACAGACAUGCGUAGCCAAAUGCGCUUACAGACAUCUGCCAAUGCAUACGAGAUUCGGGAAAAUUAUGUUCCUACAAUGACAAAGCGUAUCUUCAACUACUUGGCAAACGAUGAGACUGAUGAAGCUAUUGAAACCAUGGAUUCAUAUUACAUGCAACGUGAUACGCUGGAUACUCUCAAUGAGCUUUGUUUGGAAAACAAGAAGCCAAUGAGCGCGAUGACCACUUCUCAAAAAACCAAAUUUACCAGAAAGUACAAUGAACGGGAUCACCCAGUACUUUUCCAAACAAGUGAAGUUAUCAAAAAGAACGUUGCCCUCCCAACCGAAGAACCAGAAGGCCAGAUUGUGGAAGAAGAGAGCUAUUUUGGAGAGGAUGUGUCUGAAGAAGAAGGGGAGGAGGAAGAAGGGGAUGUAUCACAAGACAAGCUUAUCAAGUCCAAAAAGCCCUCCGGUAAAAGAAAGCAAAAGGAACAAGGUGGUGCAAGCCGAUCAAAGGCCAAGAGGAAGACCAAAUAA